GAGGAGGGGGAAGGUAGUCUCCUCUGGAUGUGCUUCACAUUAGUGAGGUGGCAGUGCCUGGGGAGUGGGAGGUCCAGGCUGAGCUGCUGUAUCUCCUCACAGCAGGGGAGAUGAUCCUGGGCUGGUGAUGGGGAGGAGGAGGUCUGGGAUGGCCCCUAAAGCUCCUAGUAGAGGAGGGGGUGGAAGGACUGCAUCCCAGGGCCGUGUCUUUUAGGAUCUUUGCAAAUGUCCUCACCCUCUCUCUGUGUAGAUGGAGUCCAUCAUAGAGGUCCCAGGUGCCAGUGGUUGGAUAGAGGGCCAGGUGGACACUGGUUGUCAGACUCUGGCAGGUCUGGAGUUCGUCCAGCAGUGUCUGAAGUUCGACUGGGACGUCCGACUUUUCCUCACCAAGAGAUCUGCCAUCAACACAGAGCUGUCCCGCACGAAAGAAGACGAUGAGACGGCGUCCUCCAUGAACCACAGCAUCCUGCUGCAGGAGCGUCCAAUCAAACAGACCGUCACCAGGGAGGCUCUGACUCUGCUGCUGGACACGUUUCACAACGAAGCCGAGUCCUUCCUGCUGUCAGAGGUGGAGCUGCCGCUGCACGUGGAGCGUCUCGUCCAAUCGGUGAAGGCGCUCUGCAGCUCGUUAGCUGCCGUGGAGACGCCUGAUGUGACGUCUGCCCUCAACCAGCUCCCAGCAUGCCCCUGUCGCCUGCAGCCCAAAGUCCUGAAGGAUGCAUCAGUGCUGGCGGUCAGAGAGAACAGAGAGAAAGUGGUGGAGAAGUUGACGGCGGCCAUCUUGGACCUGGUGGAGCUGUACUGCAGCACAUUCAACGCUAACUUCCACCCGACGCCGCAGAGCCUCAGCAGCACGGCGCCCGUCCAGGAGGCCGGCCACGUCACCAACGUGCUGUCCUUCAACGUGUACGCCGCACACCGCAUCCCCAUCACCUGGGCCGCCAGUUACGAGGGUUUCUUCCUGUCCUGCUCGCUGACUCACGGAGGGGCGGAGCUCUGCGCGCCGCAGCACACCAGCAAACAGUCCGUCAGCAAAUACCUGUUCCACCUGGUGGUGUGGGACCAGAGGGUUUGUUUCCCGGUGCAGAUCAACCAGCUGCCCCGAGAGUCUCAGCUGACGGUGACGCUGUACGCCAGCUGUCUGCCGCCGCCCGGAGCCGACGAGAAGGGGAAGCAGCGCCGCAGCAUCGAGGCUCUGGGCUGGGUCACCAUGCCGCUGUUCAACUUCAGACACGUGCUGACGUGUGGCAGGAAGUUGCUGGGUCUGUGGCCUUCGACCCCGGGGAGGACAGGAAACGCUCGCUCCAGCUCUCCGAACUUCAGCCAGCCGGACAGCGUCAUCCUGCAGGUGGACUUCCCCACCUCGUCCUUCGAGGUUCGGUUCAGUACUCCGUCUCCAGCAGAUUUCUGUCCUCAGUACGACUUCAGCAGGCUGGACGCCGUCAGUCAGAUCCAACUACAGGACGUCCUGCACAAGAAGGCUGCGUUCUGGUUGACGGCGGAGGACAAGCGGCUGCUGUGGGAGAAGAAGGCGUUCUGUCAAGCGGAGAGCGCGGCGCUGCCUCUGGUUCUGGCGAGCGCCCCCUGCUGGCAGUGGGCCUGCCUGCCCGACAUCUACGCUCUGCUGAGGCAGUGGGCCUGCCUGGGUCACCUGGACGCCCUGGGACUCCUGCACGCCUCAUUCCCGGACCAGGAGCUGAGGAGGACCGCCGUCCAGUGGAUGGACUCCAUCUCAGAGCCGGAGCUGCUGGACUUCCUGCCUCAGCUGGUCCAGGCUCUGAAGUACGAGUGUUACCUGGACAGCUCUCUGGUCCGCUUCCUGUUACGCAGAGCCGUCGGAGACGUUCGCAUCGCUCACUACCUCUUCUGGCUGCUGAAGGACAACCUGCAGGACAGCCAGUUCAGCGCUCGCUAUCAGCACCUGCUCGCCGCUCUGCUCUGCUGCGUCGGUCGAGGUCUCCGUGACGAGUUCGACCGUCAGUGCUGGCUCGUCUCCGUCCUCGCCAAGGUGGCGCAGAAAGUCCGAGACGCCACGCCGUCCAGCAGACAGUCUGUCCUCAGAGACGGUCUGGAGGAGAUGAAGCAGUUCUUCUCUGUGAACAGCAGCUGUAGACUUCCUCUGAACCCGGCCCUGCUGGUCCGAGGAAUCAACAUCCAGUCGUGCUCCUUCUUCAACUCCAACGCUGUUCCUCUCAAACUGUCCUUCCAAAACCUCGACCCUCUGGGAGACAACGUCAACGUCAUCUUCAAGUCGGGGGACGACCUGCGGCAGGACAUGCUGACUCUGCAGAUCAUCCGCAUCAUGAACAAGAUCUGGAUCCAGGAGGGUCUGGACAUGAGGAUGGUCAUCUUCAAAUGUUUCUCCACCGGCAGAGGACGAGGUAUGGUGGAGAUGAUUCCACAGGCCGACACUCUGAGGAAGAUCCAGGUGGAGCACGGAGUCACCGGCUCCUUCAAAGACCGACCGCUGGCUGACUGGCUGCAGAAACACAACCCCACUGACGAGCAGUACGACAAGGCGGUGGAGAACUUCAUCUACUCGUGCGCCGGCUGCUGCGUGGCGACCUACAUCCUGGGAAUCUGCGACCGACACAACGACAACAUCAUGCUGAAGACCAGCGGUCACAUGUUCCACAUCGACUUCGGGAAGUUCCUCGGACACGCGCAGAUGUUCGGAAACAUCAAGCGGGACCGCGCCCCCUUCGUCUUCACCUCCGACAUGGCGUACGUCAUCAACGGAGGAGACAAACCGUCCAGUCGCUUCCACGACUUCGUGGACCUUUGCUGCGAGGCGUACAACCUGAUCAGGAAACACACACACCUGUUCCUCAACCUGCUGGGCCUGAUGUUGUCCUGCGGGAUCCCUGAACUGUCUGAUCUGGAGGAUCUGAAGUACGUCUACGAUGCUCUGAGACCUCACGAGUCUGAAGCCGACGCCACCAUGUACUUCACCAGGUUGAUAGAGUCCAGUCUCGGCAGCGUCGCCACCAAACUCAACUUCUUCAUCCACAAUCUGGCUCAGAUGAAGUUUGCGUCGUCGGAGGAUCGUCCCACGCUGUCCUUCGCUCCCAGAGUUCACACGGCGAGGAGCGACGGCCUCAUCAGGAGCCUCUACAUCUGCCGCCACACCCGCACCGCCAGCAAAGGAUACGCCUUCGUGGUGAAGGUGGAGCGUGAAGGUCAGCAGGAGACGCUGCUGGUUCAGAGAACGUUUGAAGAGUUUCAUGAACUUCACAGCAAACUGAGACUCAUGUUCCCUUCAUCCAAACUACCGAGUUUCCCGAGCCGCUUUGUGAUUGGUCGGUCCCGCGGCGAGGCGACGGCUGACAGGAGGAAAGACGAGCUGAACGGUUACGUGUGGCACCUGAUCCACGCCGCCCCGGAGGUCGCUCAGUGUGACCUCGUCUACACCUUCUUCCACCCGCUGCCCCGAGACGAGAGAGCAGGACCAACACCAGGAAAACCAGCAGACAUCUCGUGGUCUCCGGCUGCAGGGAAGGAGCUCGGCGAGGUCAAACUCUCCAUCUCCUACAAGAACGACAAACUCUUCAUCAUGGUCAUGCACAUACGAGGACUGCAGCCCCUGCAGGACGGGACAGACCCGGACCCCUACGUGAAGCUCUACCUCCUCCCAGACCCCCAGAAGACCAGCAAGAGGAAGACGAAGGCAGCACGACGCACCUGUAACCCCACCUACAACGAGAUGCUGGUGUACGAGCGGAUCCCUCGGGGGGACCUGGACCAGAGGGUGAUCCACCUGCGGGUCCUGGGGGACGGGGCGUUCUGGGAGAACACCCUGCUGGGGGAGACCUUCAUUCCCCUGAAGAGGCUGGUUCCUGGUCAGCACUGGGUGGACUGGCACCAGCUGGGUGCCGCCGGCUCAGACUCCGCCCACUGACUCUGCCCCCACUGACGCACACCUGAGGGUGGGACAGGAAGCAGAGUGUUUAAAGGCAGAGAAGAAGAAGAAGAAGGUUCUCCUCAUGAGGACAGAAGAAGAAAGUAAAGCCGUGUGGCUGAUCCUCCCUCAGUGUGAGGGACUUUAAUCUGUUUAAUCUGAGUUUUCAUUUAUUAGAUUAAAAACAUAAAGGUGACACUUUAUUUUACAGCUCCUCUAAUUUUAUACUCCACUAGAAGCUGCUUACAGGCUGUUUGGGUUCACGUGUAUCAGCGUUUUAUUACAGUGAAGCAGCUGCUGUGUUUAUUUUGAAGAAGUUUGUACUUUACAGGUAAACAGUCCAACAGUACAAGCUGUAAAAACAUGGACGAGCUAGAUUAGAUAAAACGCUGCAAGCUUUUAAUCAUUUGUCCUAAACAUUAAAGAUUCCUGAAUCUUUCCAGGAAAUGAGCACAAAAUGAAAGGAGCUGUAAAAUAAAGUUUUACCAACAGAAACAACUUAGUGAAUAAUGUGAUGUGAUCCUUUAAACUCUCAAAUAUUCAGAUUCUCCUGAUGCAGAUUAAAGAUGUUUCGGGUUGUGAGUUGUACUAACUUCCUGUCAGCAGGUGUCAGAGCUCAGUUUAACACCUUUAAACACAUUUGAAGCGUGUCGUUCAGAUGUUUAGAAGAAGAAGAAGAAGGCUCCGCUGUGCUUCAGGUUUGAGAUCCGUUUAUUUUUUUGCUUUUGUUGCUCCGACGUGAGCGAAGUGAUGAAGACUGUCAGGAAAAGCACACAGAGAGGCAUGCUGGGAAAUGCACAAAGACGUUUUAUCAGCAGACACAAUGAUGAUGAAGAAAAUGCACAUUUAUAGUUCAGACGUUGGUUCACGUUUUACACAAUUUUUAGAAAAGGAACGUUUUUUUUUUUUUUCUUUUUGAACUUUUAAUAGAUGUCAGAUGUUCAUCUGUCGGUAGAUCCAGAAAACACAACAACAACACGUUUCCAGAACUUUAAAGCUGCAUUAACACAAACUCACACUGAGACUGUACAGACAUGACGCAGGCUGCAGGAUAUUUUUAUAGUGAGAGUGUUGGUUUGGUUUUAUAUCGAAGCUUUGAGGCCGAUCUGUUCUGCAUGAGAGCUUUUUAAGUCUUGAGUGUGAGUGAAGAGGAGGAAGAGGAGGAGGUGUCUUUAAGGUUGUCAUGGCAACAGCUGGCUGCUCUGGUUUUGUUUUCAGCUUUUAUUAAUCUGCUCAGCAUCUUGAUUUGUGACUGAAACUUGUUUGUUUCUACAUUUCAUUUCUUUGAUUUUAAUCCUGUUUUUCUGUCUGUGAUUUUGUACUUUUUUUUGGGAAAGUUUAGCAGUUUGUGAUGAAGCUGCGUCUCCGGGUCUCCGAUCCGCCUGCAGAGGAUGUUUGAAAGGGAACGGGGGUCAUUUUCUGCCGGUUGUUGUUUUUUUUUGCGCUGUAGAGGAGACAAAGUGAGAGGAAACAAACCGCACCGAGCUCUGCUGCUCACGACGCUCUCCAGCUGUGAAACAGAUAUCUGACCAAUCAGAUCAUCAAUAAUCUGAUCUAAAGAUGCAACUGCAGAAAAAUAAAUAAAAACAACGUUUCUGCUUUUUGGAAAUGACAGUCGUUACUAAAUAAGAUGUGAUGCAUUCAUCGAUAUUUGAUUUGAUAUUAAAGCAGCUGUUUAUCCUCCUGACUGGGAACACUGGGAACACUGGAUGAAAAGAUGAAAACACAACUUAUUCUGCCAAUAAUUACAACACUUAAUGUCUUGUUUGCUACAUUUUUAAAUUAUUAUUAAUAUGAAAUUAAUUUAUUAGUCUUUUUAUUUUCUGUGUUUAUUAUUUGAAGGAACAGAACAAUAAAACACAUUUCUCAGCAACAAUUAAUUAACUUCAUCUUAAUUUUAAAACAUUCAAAACAGGCCAUUAACUAAUUAUUUUAAAGGUGUGAUUAUUAUUAUAUUAUAUGUUAUCAUUGAGUUGCUCUUUAGAAAAUCUACUGCAGUUUCAAAUUCAUUAAAAACUUUAAUAAAGAUUCAGACCUGCAGCUGAAAGCCUGAAUAUACAUCACAACAUGUACGUCAACAUCUACCUGUUAACAUGUACAUCACAUCAUGUACAUCAACAUGUACCUGUUAACAUGUACAUCACAUCAUGUACGUCAACAUGUACCUGU